AGCCUCUACUCGCCUUCUUGGUUGAGGGCGGAAGCGAGGGCUGCGGUGCGCGGGCCUAGGCAACGCAGUUCUGUACCCACGUGGUAGCGGCGCUCAGUAUGCUACGCCGUGAGGCCCGCCUGCGCCGCGAGUACCUGUACCGCAAAGCCCGCGAGGAGGCGCAGCGCGCGGCCCAGGAGAAGAAGGAGAAGGUGCGGCGUGCUCUCGAAGAGAACCGCCUGAUCCCCACCGAGUUGCGUAGGGAGGCCCUGGCCUUACAGGGCUCCCUGGAGUUUGACGACGCUGGCGGUGAAGGUGUAACCAGCCACGUGGAUGAUGAAUAUCGAUGGGCAGGGGUUGAGGAUCCUAAGGUCAUGAUCACUACUUCCCGAGACCCCAGUUCCCGCCUCAAGAUGUUUGCAAAGGAGCUGAAGCUGGUGUUUCCUGGCGCCCAGCGCAUGAACCGUGGCCGACAUGAGGUGGGGGCGCUGGUGCGAGCCUGCAAAGCUAACGGGGUUACUGACCUGCUGGUCGUCCAUGAGCACCGAGGCACCCCUGUGGGGCUCAUUGUCAGCCACCUGCCCUUCGGCCCCACUGCGUACUUCACGCUGUGUAAUGUGGUUAUGCGGCACGACGUCCCCAACCUGGGCACCGUGUCGGAAGCCAAACCCCACCUCAUCAUGCACGGUCUCUCCUCCCGCCUGGGCAAGCGGGUGAGUCUGGGGCGUUGGGACUUGGGCUGGGGCCAGGGGGUGCCAGGCAAGGCAUUCCCUGUUUUCCUUCCCUCUGCCAAGGUCUCCGACAUACUGCGUUACCUGUUCCCUGUGCCCAAAGAUGACAGCCACCGGGUUAUCACCUUUGCCAACCAGGACGACUACAUCUCCUUCCGGCACCAUGUGUAUAGGAAGACCAGCCACCGAGACGUGGAGCUGACUGAGGUUGGGCCUCGCUUUGAGCUGAAGUUGUACAUGAUCCGCCUUGGCACUCUGGAGCAGGAGGCCACCGCAGACGUGGAGUGGCGGUGGCACCCGUACACCAACACCGCACGGAAGAGGGUCUUCCUGAGCACAGAGUGAGGCCCCAGCGAGCCCUAUCAGCUGUGGGGCGUGAGCGUGGGCCAGUGGGUAAGGCAGGUCCAAAUAAAGUCUGCCACACUGCCA